UUUAUUUGUUUCCCCUUAUCUCUGCCCUUAAAAUUUCACCUCCUACCAACGGGGUUUCUUGACCCCAAGGGUCUGAAACAGGGGCGAUCAAGUUGUCAGUGUAGGGUGCGGCAGUUUCACAGCGUCAAGACUGCCAAAGACUGCGUAGAGAUAAAUAAAUAGACUACUCUUAGUUAAAGGUUAUCACUAUUUAUGUACAACACAUUUAACCGAUAGUGUAGGCUACCGCCAUAGUAUAGUAAUGAAUGGACCAAAGUGUCAACAACGACAAAAAAAAAACGGACAAACACACCGUAAGGUGUAUUUGUAAUUGAACUACUAACAGACUACUAUUUGCGGUGUUUUCUAUUGUCGAGAUGGGUGCUUUGUUCAGAGGCUCUCUCUGGGCAGGGGCCCUGCAGUACUAGCGGGGUGGGUGAGAGGGUGGGGGUCACUGGCUUUUGUGUGUGAAAGGCACCCCUCCUGCCCCCUAGUAACCACGUUACAAACACAACCUAGCGUCGCUGCUCUACGUAUGUUGCGUUCAGCGUGGGGCGGGUGGGACAUUCUACCGAAGCGCAUUGUUGUGUUGGGGGAUGCGAAGCAGACAGCAGCAGCCCUGUACGAACCAAUUGAAGCCUUCCGAGCUAGGAAGCGGAUAUAUCUCACACCCAUGAAUCUGUCAUAAAGUACAGCGUUUAUGCUCAUGGUAAACCGCAUUUCAACAGCUUCCGAGACUCCAAACGCACUAAACUUUGAACUCAUAUUUUAUGUCUGAAUAGCUCAAGCAUUGCUCGUUGGAUGAGAACAUUGCGUACGGAAUCCCAGUCUCUUUUGAGCAGGCCGUAUCGCCAUUGCUUUGAAAGACUGCUGGUGACACACUACCCACGGCUAGCAAAGCUGUCUGGACCGAGCUGCCGUCGCCUUCGUGAUGAGGAGGAAGUCCCGUCACCCCCGGACCCCCGUCCCCCAGCGCCCCCCUCAGCGGCCCCCCUCCCCCAUCCAUCCGUCCCCCAACAAGCACACCCUGACCUACGCCCAAGCCCAGCGGCAGGUGGAGGUGGAGGUGGCCGGGCGCACGCACCGACUCAGCAUCUACGACAAGCUGGAGGUUGUUUCGGACGAUGACCCCGUCUCCCAGGAGAUCCUGGAGUGCAACAGCAACAAGGAGAACUCCCAGCAGCUUCAGCGGGCGCCACUCCGCUCCGCCCGGCUGAAGAAGAACCAGGAGAGGAGAAACGCCGCCGCCGCCGCCAUGGCUGCUCCCGCCCCCUCCGCUCCUGGGGGGAACUCUCGAGGGGGAGGGGGGGGAGGAGGAGGAGGGGGAGGGGGAGCACAGACUGGCCCAGUCCUGCCUGAACCAAAGCUCCGCAGGGUGGAGUACAACCUCCCAGCUGUGCCCGGGAGGCCCUCCUCGCUGUACCGCUACGAGGAGAAGACGGAGGAGGAGCAGGACGAGGAGGUGGAGUACGACCUGGACGAGGAGGACCACGCCUGGCUGGAGCUGGUGAACGAGAGGAGGAGGAGCGAGGGCGUGGGACAGGUCUCCCACGGCGUCUUCGAGUUCCUGCUCGACCGCUUCGAGAAAGAGGCGCACGCGGAGAGUGUGGCGCGGGGCGGGGGAGGCGCGGGGGCGGUGGACGAGGACGCCGUCUGCUGCGUGUGUUCAGACGGAGAGUGCUACAACAGCAACGCCAUCCUCUUCUGCGACGCCUGCAACAUGGCGGUCCACCAGGACUGCUACGGUGUCCCCUACAUCCCCGAGGGCCAGUGGCUCUGUCGACACUGCCUCCACGCCUCCCGCCAGCCUGCCUCCUGCAUCCUCUGCCCCAACCGGGGCGGGGCGGUGAAGCGCACCGAGGACGGCCGCUGGGGUCACGUGGUGUGCGCCCUGUGGGUUCCCGAGGUCGGCUUCUCCAACAGCACCUUCCUGGAGCCCAUCGACGGCGUGGAGAACAUCCCUCCGGCUCGCUGGAAGCUCACCUGCUACCUGUGUAAGCAGCGCGGUGCUGGCGCUUGCAUCCAGUGCCACAAGGCCAACUGCUACACAGCCUUCCACGCCAGCUGCUCCCAGAGAGCCGGCCUGCUCAUGAAGAUGGAGACCAUCAGGGAGGGGAGCGGAGACGCCAGCUUCUCCGUGAAGAAGACGGCGUAUUGCGGGGCUCACUCCCCCAGCGGCGCCCCCCGCAGGCCCCUGAACGUCUAUGAUGAGAUCCCGCCCAGGAACGGCGUCUGUAGGAGAAGAGGCGGGGUGAAGAGGGGUAGGGGCCGGGGGAGGUCGAAGGUCAAGCAGAAGAAGAAGAGCAGAAAGGUGGAGGCUGAGCCAGAGGAAGUGACAUCGCCACUUCCUGUCCCUUGCUUGUCCUCUGAGAGGUUGAGCAGCAUCCUGAACCAGGUGUCGGUGCAGAGGAAGAAGGCGUUCGUGGGGCUGGUGCUGAGCUACUGGGGCCUGAAGAGACAGACCAGGAACGGAGCGCCGCUGAUCAGACGGCUGCUGUCCAGCCAGCAGGGCAAGAAGACCGCCCAGCUGCCGAGGCAGAGUGAGGAGGAGUGCCAGGAGCUGAAGCAGAGGUUGAAGGCGUGGCAUCGUCUGAGACACGACCUGGAGAGAACCAGACUGCUGCUGGAGCUGGUCCACAAGAGGGAGAAGAUCAAGAGGGAGGAGGUGAGGCUGCAGCAGAGCCUGCUGGAGAUGCAGCUGGCCCCCUUCAGCCUGCUGCUCAGGGCCCUGCUGGACCAGCUGCAGGACCGGGACCAGGCCCGCAUCUUCACCCAGCCCGUCGACACCUCAGAGGUUCCAGACUACCUGGACAUCAUCCAGAACCCCAUGGACUUCUCCACCAUGAGGCAACGCGUGGACGCGCAGGCCUACCACUCGCUGGACAGCUUUGAGGCCGACUUCAACCUCAUCGUGGCCAACUGCCUGAAGUACAACUCCAAGGACACGUACUUCUGGCGUGCCGGCGUGCGUCUGCGGGACCAGGGCGGUGCCGUGCUGAGGAAGGCUCGCCGCGACGCCCAGAGGAUCGGCUUCGACGCCGCCAGCGGGAUGCUGCUACCUACGCCGCCCAAGGUGGAGGCUCCGCCCACCUUCUCCUGGGAGGACGUGGACCGUCUCCUGGUGGCGUCCCAGCGGCGACACCUCUCCCCAGAGGAGCAGCUGCAGCAGCUGCUGGAGAGGCUGGACCAGACCAGCGCCGUGAAGGCCUCGCCCUCCCGCUCCAGACGCCUCAAGCUGCUGAAGAAGGCCAUCAACGACGUUCGCAGUGAGGCCAGUCUGAGGAGGGGGCUGCCCUCACUCUCCUCCUCCUCCCUCCCUCAGCGGGGGAGAGCCCCUGGGGAGGAGGGGGAGGCCAGCGGUCCCCAUGGUGAUGAUGAGGGUGACAAGUCUCUACCUCCUAAACUGGAGCCCUCUGACUCUCUACCCCCCCCCCCCGCCUCAGAGUUGGACUCCGAACCCCCCACUCUCAAGCCCAUAGCCCCCCACUCCCCCACGCCCAGCUCCAGACGGGUCACCUUCGACGGGAAGGACCCCCCCAGCAACGCCCCCCAUCGCGGCCGUCUCAACGGCCACUCCCACCCCCACCCGCUGUCCCAGGAUGCACUGCUGCUGUCAGAGGGGGACGUGAGUGUGGUGGCCACUUCCACCCUGGCCCCGCCCUCAGGCUCCGUCAACAGACGCACCGCUGUGCUCUUCCGCAAGUCCAAGAGCAGCAGCCCACGCAAGGAGGAGGGGGAGGGGGAGGAGGAGGGGGAGGGGGAGGGUCAGGAGGAGGGUCAGGAGGAGGGGGAGGGGGAGGAGGGUCAGCUAGGCAGCAGCAGCUUCCUGUCGGUGGUGAUCCCCAGGCUGGAGACCCUGCUUCAGGGAAGGAAGCGCAGACGCAGCGCCUGUAAGACAGGGGGCGCCGGAGAGGAGCAGGGGGAGGUUCCCACCAAACGCUUCGACACAGGGCUGACCAACGGCUUUCUGGAGAAGGAGGAAGGUGAGGAGGAGCUGGUGUCCAGGAGCAGUCUGGAGCCACGGAGAAGAUGGGCCUCAGAGUCCAGUAUCUCCUCCAGCAGCAGCAUGCUGGGAAGCACCAGCUCCCUGCUGUGCCUCCCUCCAUGUGGGAAGGGCAAACCUGCGCUGGUGCGCAGGAGCACUGUGGACGACAAGAGCGAGCUGAUCGCCUGCAUCCAGAACGGCAACUUCGCCCGCGCUGCCAGGAUCGCUGCUGAGGUGGGUAAUAGCAGUAUCUGGAUGCCUGCUAGUGCUGCUGCUGUAGUGCUGGAGCCUCUGAAACUGGUCUGGGCCAAGUGCAGUGGAUACCCCUCCUACCCUGCCCUGAUCAUCGACCCCCUCAUGCCCCGUGCAGGGUGCCAGCAUAACGGGUUGUCCAUCCCCACGCCUCCCCUGGAGGUGCUGAAGGUGGGGGAGCAGAUGCGGCAGAAGGCCGAGGACACACUCUUCCUCGUCCUCUUCUUCGACAACAAACGCAGCUGGCAGUGGCUCCCCAGGUCCAAGAUGGUUCCCCUGGGCGUGGACAAGACCGUGGACAAGAUCAAGCUGAUGGAAGGUCGCUCCUCCAGCAUCCGCAAGGCGGUGCUCACAGCCUUCAGCCGCGCGCGAAGCCACCUCAGUGUCGUCCAGGACCAGCCUGGCAGCGACCUCAGCGACGUGGACUAACACACACACACACACACAUGGACGCACACACACACGCACAGACGCACACUUCCUCUGUGUCAUUUCCACCCCAGAUUAACUUUUAUAACCUUGCACCCUUGAAUAUAUCGGACACUAACUUAUUUUGUAGAUUUGAGGAACGCAACAAUAUGAUGGGUACAGAGAAACGACUUUUUGUAGUAUUUAUAAAUAUAUUUUUUGCUGAAUCAUGUUCUGACUGGGCUGUGUUCUCUGUAUCCUUUGCUGUAAACCUGAACAGUGUGUCAGUGUGUGCUUAUAGUACACACACUCACACCCCGUUAUGAUCAAACAUGGCGAAGACACCCCUGCUUUCUAAGUAUUUUCCAUACUCGUCCAUGUGAUGUUUUUUUAAGUGUUAAGUUAAAGUUAUUGAAAGUUUAAAAAUGUAAGAUUCAAUUUGGCCUUCUUUUAUUUUUAUUUUUUUUUCAUCAAGUGAAAUCACGUUCUUUUAAUGAUGGCGUUGAGUAUAUUUUUGUUGAUACAUACUGUGUUUUUAUGAUUAAGUAUAUAUCCGUAUGUUACACUGUGUCACAGGGGAAGUCGUUGUUAUGGAAACCAGAAGUGCGCUGUUCUCAAGAAACCAAAAUAAAAAAUGCUGCCCAGAAAUAUAUUAAAAAAAAAUGUUUAUACUAAUGUUGGUGUGUGUGUGUGAGAGAGAGUGUGAGAGAGAGAACGUUAUUGCAAAACAAACAUAUUUUUUACAUCCUGACUGAUUGACUGUUACCAGAGCCCUUGAUGGUAGAUGUGUUAAUUUAUUGUAAAGUAUUUUGGACAAAAAAAAGAGCUCAUAAACCAGUAAAAUAUCAACUUUUGUUGCCUUCUUUUGAGUUGCUUAUGGUGAAUUUCACAAUUUAAUCUUCACAUUACCUUUGUUAUUGUAAAUGCAUACUGAUGUAGGCUAUGUACUGGGUAGCAUUGGGUAUCGUUUUGGAAUUUCUUAUUUUUUUAUACUUUAUAUUAGACUUUUGUUUGGUUAUUUGAUCUGGCCAUGUAGGCUCUGGCCGUGACUUAGUUUCUUUUGUUAAGGAAACGCUGACAAUAAAUAAAUCCAGAUGUGAAA